CUCUUUUGGAGUACUCCCAUAGAGGAUAUCAAGCAGAGUGGGGCAUGAUGAGGACCAUUCCCCUGAUUCUGAUGGUCGCAUUAACAGCCCUGGCAUCGCCUCCACGUGGCAUAGUAAAGCUUUCCAAACGGGAGCUUUUGGCGCGUUCCAAAAGAAGGUGGGUUUUGUCCACGAUUGAACUAAAAGAGGAGGAGCCUGGACCAUACCCCAAACCAAUAUCACAGAUGUUCAAUAACAUGUCGGGGAAGGACCAUGAGUUCCGUAUAAGUGGCAUGGGCGUGGAUCUUGAACCGAAGAACAUCUUCUACAUCGAUCCAGAUAACGGGACUGUCUUUGCCCGGAGCAAAAUUGACAGAGAGAAAUACGACAAACCCUUCCAUAUCAAGUUUGAUAUCUACAACAAAUGGACCAAGUUACCAAUGGACAAGGAACUAUCUUUUGAUAUAGAAAUAAAGGACAUCAACGACAAUGACCCUAAAUUUAUCAAUCCUCGAAUGACGACCGAUGUGCCGGAAAAUACACCAGAGGGGUUCUUGCCAGGACAGCUGCAGGCCAUAGACAUCGAUCAGGUGAACACAUCUAACUCUAAAAUCACCAUCAGUAUGCUUUCCCAGGAACCACAAGAGCCCAAGAUUGAGUUGAAGCAGAUGGAUGGCAGGAUGGCCCAACUCGUUCUGAAAGGAUGCUUUGACUACGAUAAAGUAAAGCAGUACAAAAUUAUUGUUCAAGCAAAGGAUCAUGGAAAACCGGCCCGUUCCUCCACUGGUGAAGUUAUUGUGAAUAUUCUUGACGCAAACAAUCAUCUACCGACGUUUAAGGCAGCAGAGUACAAAGGUGCGGUGAAUGAAUCAGUCAUCCAAGACAACGUUUUGAGAGUUGCGGUAGAGGACAAAGACACGCCUAACACUCCUGCAUGGCGUGCCAAAUACUAUUUCAUUAAAGGGAAUGAGGAAGGAAACUACAAACUUGAAACUGACCCCAUCACCAAUGAGGGUAUUCUGAGUGUCAUCAAGGGGAAGGACUUUGAGAGAACAACUAAUACCACCCUGCAGAUCGGAGUAGAGAAUGUGGAACCCUUAUGGGUUUGUAAAGGUAAAUCACCUGAUGGCACAGGCACACAGCCACCUAAAAGUGCAGUCAACAUCACAAUGAAAGUGAUUGAUGUCAAUGACCCACCUGAGUUCAAGAGCAAUCCAGCUAAGGUGUACCAGAAGGAAGAAGAGAAGCCCGGACAGGUGCUGUACACUCCAACGAUUCAUGAUGUCGACUCCAACAUAAGCCACAUCAGGUAUGUGCUGUUAAGAGAUCCAGCUAACUGGGUGACCAUUAAUAAGAAAACGGGACAGCUUACAUCCAUUAAGAAAAUGGACAGAGAGUCGCCCUUUCUUAAUGGCUCAAGCAUUUACAAAGUCCUCAUCGGUGCCAUUGAUAAUGGUGAGCCUCCAGCCACAGGUACAGGCACUGUCCUGAUCCACCUGAGGGACAUCAAUGACAAUAAGCCUCAUCUGUCCAACAAAGGUGUCAUUAUGUGUGGAAACAAGGUUAACCAGGUCAAGGUGCGAGCCCAGGACGCAGAUGUCCAUCCUUUCAGUGGCCCCUUCUCCUUCUCCCUGGGGAGUGAUGACAAAUCUCUGAAGGAGCAAUGGAAACUAGAUCCUUCCUUUGGUGAGGAAGGCGGGCUUGUUAGCGUGAAGACACUUCCUUAUGGUAACUACUCAGUGCCCUUGGAAAUUCGGGACCAACAGAACGUGGCUGGAAAAGAUACUUUGGAAGUCAUGGUGUGUGACUGCGGAGAGAAGGACGUUUGUCGUCCCAAAAUGCCAAAAUCCUCAAAAUUAGGAGCAGCUGGCAUUGGACUGAUCGUUGCAGGACUCCUCUUAUUUUUGUUACUGCUACUCAUCUUCGCGUGUCAGUGUGGAGGGAAGGAGUUCAAGCACAUCCCUAUUAUGCAGGAUGAAGGCAACCAGACCCUCAUCAAGUACAACCAAGAAGGAGGGGGCGCCGAAUGCAAGGCUGAGCCCACUCUGCUCCUGACACCCACAAACAACAUGCCUGUGACAGACGGCCUAAAAAUGUCCACCAAGCAGAUGACUCAGAAUGCUCUAGUGAUGCUCCAGGACAUGGAUACAUACAACAGCUCAGGGCACAGCAUGCCCCUGCAGAUGAACAGUAACAUGACCACACUGGGAACACAGCGCCAAAGAGAUUCGCUCAGAGGCCACGGAGGGCAGACCAUGUACUCUACAUGGACAACAAACAGGGUCAACACCUACCAGGGAGGUUCAUCGAGGUACAACAACCACUCUCUCAGCCUGCGGUCAAAUCAACACAUUGCAGAUCACAUUGACAGGAGACUGUACAUGAUUGAUGGAAACCACGUCGCCGAACCAAUGUACAAACCCUAUGAGUAUGCCUACGAGGGACAGGGCAGCAAAUGCCAGUCAUUGGAUGGGCUGUCACUCAGCAACCUGGGAGAUGAUUUGAAGUUUCUGAAUGAUUUGGGGCCAAAGUUCAAGACCUUGGGAGGCAUCUGUCACCAGUCAAUGAAAGAAAAAAACAUACAGCUUUAAAGGGCAACGCUGGGCUGGGAUGUUUAUAUCAACCAAGUUGCUCUUUGCUCCGAGUUUGACGUUGGGAUUUUGGACUGACCUGACCGCCUUUGGAAAGAAGACAUGCCACAACGUUCGGACAUACUUACAACCAGCUAUACAAUAUCUGGUUCUGGCGUCCACCACGUAUUUAGAGCCAGACAUGAUUGCGUAUUGGCAUCUAUUCAGAACACAGACAUUAUGUAGUUGAGGUUGUAUUUUGUUUGCUUGAAGAUAGAAUUAAUGCACUGCACAAAUCGUCAUGCUCUGGUGACUCUGACAAGGGAAAUUCUGACAGUCACUGGGUGUGUUUGCUGGCAUUGUCUUUUUUUUUUUUUUUUUCAACUUUACUACUUCAGGAGUGACUGCUGCCAAGUCUCAGUGCUUUCAACAGCUCGGGAGGGUUUUCUCAUGGCAGUAUUAUUUUUGAUAUUUUAAACUGUAAGUUUAUCUGUGGAAACUGUAGGAUUUCACAGUAUAUAAAAUGUUUUAUUUCUUUUGUAAAAGAUCCUUGAUAAAGACCAACAGAAAUCUGCCUGUUUGAAAUGAAAUUUUAUGGUUUUAUUUUAUGGAGUAAUUGGAUAGUGAUAUUGUUCCUGCUAAACAGAGGUACUGUAAAUGUUAGUGGAUUGAUGUUUAUGAUCUGGUGAUACAGUGAUGUGGAAUUAACACUAUGCUUUAUUGCUUUGUUUUUUUUUAUGUGCAUUCAGAAAACAAAUUGAAAUGUAGUAUUUGUAACGAAAUGUGUAUUUGCCAUUACAAAAGGAUAUGAUUGUAACAGCCUUUGGGGUGAAAUCUUUUUACCUGGAGAGGGAGGGGAAAGAAGUGUUUAUGUAUUGAAGCAAUUACAAUAAAAUUACACCAAACUAGCAAUAUGCUGAACCACUAUGUUACAG